AUGUCCUCUAAAUUUGCGUCAUCUUCGCCUUCUCUUGAAAUUCCGGAAACAAAUCAUAAAUUACCAGAAAAUGUACAACGAGAAUUACCACCACCACCUUCUGACUUUGAACAAUUCGUUCAUCAAAAGCCAUUGCACUACCAAAUUGUUGAAAAUACAAACCUUUAUGCAUUAACAAAAGGUGCUAGUGUAACUGUCGACGAGAUGAUAAUUAGAUUUUCUGGCAGGAGUGUUCAUACCGUUAGAAUCAAGAACAAGCCGACUCCAGAAGGCUUCAAAAUUCUGUCUCUUUGUGAAUCUGGGUACACUUACACCUUCCUGCCAAUGUCGCGUGUCUCUCCAAUACAAGUGACAAAAAUAAGUGGCCUUAAUCAAGUUGGAUGUUUGAUCAAUGUUGGUGCUUGUGGAACUAUUCGGAAAACUUCCUCUGGCUUCCCAAAAGAAUUAAAAGUGGAAAAAAAUGUUAAACUAGAUUGGAAUGUCCGUUCUGAUGUUAAAAUAAAUGGUGCAUUGGUAGUUUUUUGGCAAGAUAAUGGGCCCGUAACAAUGUUAACAACAAUUCAUAGGCUUGUUGGUGAUGAAUGGGAGGUGGAGCGAGAAAGAUGGCGACCAAGAGAAACAAGCACAAAUGCAGUGAAGAUGCGUGCGGUAUUUGGAACUGAAUCAAAAAAAAAAUUAAAAAUUCCCAAAAUAAUCGAUGACUACAAUAAUUGUAUGAAUGAUACGGCUAUUAUCAACGCAUAUCGGAUUGUUAGAACUUUGGGAUCGACAAAGGAGCAUAAGGAGUUUUGUUAUGAGCUUGUGUGGGACCUUAUAAAUUUUGCAAAUGAUGAUAGUGGUGUUAAACUGAGAAAAAAUUCAGUAGAAACCAAACCAGAAAAUGAAACAAAGCGACUGAAGGCAACAAAACAUUUCGAGCUCUCGGACAAAUGGCUUAUUCCUGAGAACCACUUAGUUGAGUGGAGGGAACAGCGCGUGGCAUGUCGAUGGUAUACAUGGCUUGCAAAUAAAAAUGAAUUGGAUAUGGAUCAUAAGUCAUCACAUAGAAGUAGUUUUUGGUUUAAUAUGAUUGAACAAUUACCUGAUGAUCAAUUGAAGCCUGCAGCCUAUUUAUUUAAUAAAAUGAGAGCAAAUCUUUUAUUUGAAAAUUUAUUCUGCAAAAAAUAA